CAGAAUUUUAUAAAUCAAAGGCAAGGAUAUGCGUCGGCUUUGCUUAAAAUAGACAUAUUGUUUCAAAACAUGUUAGUAGAAAAGUCGAUAGCCGAGAUGGGAUGUAACCAUGGAGAAUCAAUCAAUAUUUAAUAAUCAACAUCAACACUCUUGUUACAGCUUUCUCAUCGACACCAUCCAGCACUGAAGAGUCAGCCGCCAUAUAAGCUGUUCCAUUGUUGGUUACUAAUCACGGAACGGACGACUGUGAAAUUAAAAUGGUUGAUAUGUUUUGGAAAGCUGUAUUCAUAUUCGGCAUAUGUGUGCUCCUGCCAAUAGUAAAGGGAGAUAACUGUACAGCUGAUCUGAAUUCCAUCAUAGAUGCAGCACUGGUGGACAAUAAAAGAAUAAUCCAACUGGAUCUACAGAAUUCAACCGACACCAGAAGUGAUUGUCCAUUAUUUAAACCUACGAGAUGGUUUCUGGUCCGUGGCGACAGAUCAAAUCGUUUGCUUCUGUUGAUAUAUUAUUACUAUAACUUCUUUGAAUCGUUUAUCCCAUUAACAAAAAACAAAACCAUAACCAUCGGAAAUAAGACACAUUCUGAUACAGAACAAUGUUUAUUACAAUCAGUUGUAGGGACAGAUUUCAAUGAGGUGUGUUCAAUGUUUAUUAAAAACGAACUAGGUUUUGGAAUAUUAGUUUAUCACUGUUGUAAACUGAAUGAAAAUUGUGUUGAUAUAGUGGAAGAUGCGGCGGUUUGGAUCUUGCGACUCUUUUUCCUCCUGGUCACAAUAUUUCUCUUUCUUUAUUUUCCCAAAUUCCUACCUCAAAAAUAUGCACGUCCCAUAUUCAGGUUUAACCUCAUUCCACCGAUGAUUCUGAAAAUUGUUAAAACGAAAACCCCUGAUAAAUAUAACAUAAAAGGUACCCGCGUCCCAUCCGUCAUUUUUGAUCAAAUGAGGGAUCUAACCAGAAGUAUGAAGAAUGCAGCUAUAGUAAGAGAUACUAUUUAUGAAGUCAAGAUAAAAGCUAUAGAUCUAUUAAUUCAUCGAGUAGAUAUUUUAUCAGAAAGUGAUCAGGCUAUUAGUCUGACAAAACUAUUAUAUGAUAUGAUUAUUCGAUGUAAAAUCCGCCGAGUUAAACCUAUCAAGCAAUGUCUGGAUACCCCAAUUUGUGGCUGUUUGACGAAAUCAAGUAAACCAAUUCGUCUCAUGUCCUGUGUGAAUAUACUUAACACUACAUUCAUCUAUACUGUGCUCGCUCUUCCAGCCAUCCCAUUCUUCUACUUGAUGUCAGCGGACGGCCUGGAAUAUCAAGACUUAGGACAACAAAUAGAAUCCUGUGGUCUACGUCAGACAUCUAGUUUUUAUAUAGGAACCGAGGCAGGUAAAGUCAUAACAGCCAUUUUAUGCUUGUUGUAUGCAGUGUAUGUACUUAUAGCUAUAAUGUCCAACAGUAUUCACGAAGAAAUGGCAGACCUCAUGACUGACUCCAUUAAUUCAUCACAUAAAAAACACAAACCACUUUCUAUGAGAGUUUUGGAACUUUUGAGGAAACCUUUCACUAAAUGUGGUACAUUUUUCGUCCCUUUCUUUAUAAUAGGGCUCCUCCUCAGCCCUUUAAUUCUCCUGGUUUUCGCCAUUUUUGCGUCCCCUGUUAUGCGGAUGCUGAUUCGCCGAUGUAAGAAACUAUGUUGUUCGGAAGGUUUUAAAUUUUACUCCAAUCCGAUUACUUGUGGACCAAAAUUAUCGUUGUUUUUAUGUCUGACUUUAUUAUCAGUGUUUGUUAUUUUAACAAUAGGAUUUAACUUUCUACUACAUGCUGUGUGUAUGGGUAUCAUCAAUAUCUUGAUUAACUUAAGUGAUGCAAUGAGCAUUGUGUCGUUAUGUAUACUCAUUGGGAUUUAUGUCCGGGACACUUCUAACAGCCUAACUGGAAAGUAUGAUACUUAUCACAAGUCUCUGUUGCCGGCUGUCACCGCUGUUAAAAAGGAAUCCGUGUUAGCAGAGUCAAGAAAAAGAUAUGAAGACCAAACUAACAUGGCGUUUCAGCAUACAGCCGCAGAUUUUGUUGACGACAAUUCCAUAGAGAACGGACUCGUUGAUGAAAGUCCCCAAGCAAUAUGGGAUGUUAAAAAUGGUUAUCUACGCAUGUGCAUAAAGGGAAUUGUAUUAUUUUUAGAUAGAAAUGAUAUACCGUAUAUACCACACGCGUUCUUUCGUGAAAUGACGAAAGUAAAUUGCCCCGGAUGUCCCGGAACUAUAAGAUCUUCUAUAAUCGAUGCCCUAAAGGAUUUAGGAAGGAUUGUGCUAUUUUUAUUUUUUCUAUUUAUUCUACUAUUGGCGUAUGGAGACACACUAUACGUAUCACCCACUAGUAAAUUAUUUGCUACCAUUGCAACGGGUCUCAUUCCACUUCUUCUCCGUUCUUUCUUUUUCACAAAACCGCCAAUUCCUUCACUGGAUUCCUCUAACGUCAGAUUUCAGAAUAUUUUCCGAGACAAAGUUCUGAAAUUUAUGAUGAGAUGGCCAGUUGUUGACGCAGAAUUAGAAUUUACGACAAAUUGUAAUGUGAAUUUACCGCAAGCUGAAGUUGAUUUAGUAUUUGAUGAUGACGUCACUCAUGACGACAUAGACUGCGGUGACUCUAACGAUGGUUUUGUUCCUGAUGAAGAAAGAGAACCGGAAGAAGAAGACGACAUAGGUGGGGGAAAAGAAGGAGAAAUAACUGAAGGAACAAAUGCAGAAAUACAAGUAAAACCAAAAGAAAGACAAUUGGGCGAUAAAGAAACUCCUUUCUGAUGUAUAAAAUUGACUUUAAUAUAAAAUCGUUCUCUUACUACCACUUACAUCAUUCGGAUCCUGGCGACUGGUUGUUUAUGUAAUCUCAGCACUGAUUUAAUUGUAGAAGGACCUCUCAUGCCAAAAGAAGUACCGCGCCAGUGAUAAAUUGUAGUCCAGAAUGACGCUUGUUGCACCUCAAGUCAUUAAAGUGUGUCCAUUUACUGCAAAUUGAAGCUUUAGAUUGCUUCAGACCCGAGAAAAAUGUUAGGAUAUGUCACAUUGAAGGGCGUACCCAUGGCGGCUCCAUGUGUAUAAUUUACCAAUGAAUUCCAAUUUAUUUUGAAGAAAUUGUUCAUUUACUGUGAAUUGAAAGGACUGAUCACAGAGAGUCGGGCGGGCACCUGUCAUACACCUGAACCUGCUCAACUAAUUAUUUCACCAGAAUUUACCUGGUAUAGAAGUGAAUAACAACAGUUAGCAUACUGAAUCUCAUCGCUCACUUUCACGUAAUUUUCAUGUCGCUUUACUCUUUCUAUUUAAUUUUGUAACAAUUGAUUUUGAAAGAUUUAAUUUCAAGUUAUAUGUAUAUGGGAUCCAACUUUGUUAAAAUAAUGACCAGUGUCAUCUCUAUUUUAAAAUAAUGACCAAUGUCAUCUCUAUUUUAAAAUAAUGACCGGUGUCAUCUCUAUAUAUUUGAUAUAAUCACUUUUAAAGCCUUAUAAACGUCUAAACAUCCUCGAUUGUAUAAUAAUUUGAUAUAAUCACUUUUAAAGUGUUAUAAACUUCUCUACAUCCUCAAUUUUAUAAUAAUUUGUGAUAACUGUAUAACUUCA